GCUGGAGCCGAUCCCCGCUAUGAUAGCGCGACAAACCGGACAGGUCACCAGUCCAUCGCAGCGCUAAAACAGAGACACACAACCAGGGACACGAGUAUGUCUUUGGAGGUCGGAGGAAACCGGAGUACGCGUGGAAAUCCCACGGAGACACAGGCAGAAAACAUGCAAACUCCACCCAGAAACCCCGCACCUUCUCGCUGAGAGCCCGUGCCACCCACAUGGUGAACUCGUUAAUCUUAAUCUUCUCUAUGGAAAUUAAAGUUUUAAAAAAUCGCAAAGUAAAAAAGCAUUCUUGUGCCCUCCAAUAACACUCUGGGGUUGACAUUUUGAGUUUCCAAAUAUUGUAAUGAGUGCCCCAUAAAGGGUUAAGUAGUUUCACACUAAACAGGAAAUAACGAACUAGAGAGAGAAACGAAACAGAAAUACUAUGCUGAAUGUAGAAAGCAAAUGUUGUUCUCAUCAGUUUCAUUAGUGUUGACUGUGGACUGACGGCCACACAUCUGUACAGCUGCCAAGACUGUAACUACUCCAAUCUCUGCUGUCAGAAAAGAAGGAGACUCCAAGUUAUUGUUUCAGGAUCCUUUAGACGCUCAGCAGAACAUCUGUCCACUAUGAACCCUCGGCUAACAGCGACCCAGCAGAGAACGAUCUGCUCUCAGCUGGGAAAGGUCAAACUGCAGCUGCUGUACAAGGCCAGCGUCCAUGGAUACACCAGUGCAGCCUUCCACCAACGAUGUGACAACCGCUCUCCCACUGUGUCUGUGGGCUAUAACGCCUCUGGCUCUGUGUUUGGAGGAUACACCAAACAACCCUUUUCUCAGUCUGGACAGUAUGUCCAUGAUGACCAGGCCUUUCUUUUCAUCCUUAAAGGAGAAAAUCUCCUCAAAUAUCCAGUCACUCAACCUGCAUAUGCAGUGAGAAUGAUGAAUAACUCUGGUCCUUACUUUGGAGAAGCAUUGAUUCUAGCCAAUGGAAACAAUGCUGUAGUUUAUAGCAGUCCAGGGAAAUAUUACAACUUCAACGCUGCAGAAAUGCACGGAAAUGACCUGAACCUGACUGAGUGUGAAGUCUACCAGGUGGAGGAAGAUACCACUGUACUUGAGCGUCCAUGGAGGCCCAUAAUCUGGAAUUCUGAUAAGAGGACAGAGCUGAUGAAGAUCAUUAAAACCCACGAACCCACAGACAGCUCUGUGUCCCAGGUUCGGGUUUUGCUUGUUGGACCAGUUGGAGCUGGAAAGUCCAGCUUCUUUAACUCUAUCAACUCUGUAUUCAGAGGACAUGUCACCAGUCAGGCCAUGACUGGCAGCUCUGCCACCAGCCUCACCACACAGUUUCGUGCCUACCCUCUGAAAGAUGGACGGGACGGCAAACAUCUGCCAAUCAUAAUAUGUGAUACCAUGGGGCUGGAGGAAAGCACAGAAGCAGGGCUUAAUACAAGCUGCAUCACCAGAAUUGUUAAAGGUCAUCUGCCAGACUGUUAUCAGUUCAACUCAGUGAACCCUGCUGAUUUGGGACUCCAUAGCCUUCUCAAUCCUCCAGAACUCAAAGACAAGAUCCACUGUGUAGCCUACGUCAUUGAUGCCUGCAAGAUCUCCAUCAUGCCUGCAAAGCUGGAGGAGAAGCUGAAGGACAUCCGCAGGCAGAUCACCCCAAUGGGGAUUCCUCAGCUGGUCCUGCUCACUAAAGUGGACGAAGCCUGCCCUCUGGUGAAACAGGACCUGAGAAACAUUUAUACCAGCGCCUACAUUAAGGAGAUGGCGGAGCAGGCCAGUGCUCGGCUCGGUGUGCCUCUGUCCCAUGUCAUUCCCUUCAAGAACUACAACGCAGAGUUGGAGUUGGACUUGAACUGUGACAUCCUGAUCCUCAGCGCCAUCAAUCAGAUGCUUCGCUUUGCUGACAACUACUUUGACGACCUUAGCCAAAGACCGAGCGAUAAGUGGUGUUCACUGAUGUAAUGAAAUGUUCCUAAAAUGUCUUGUAGCUGAGUACAACUAGUUCAGCAUCUCUGAAAAAAAAGUUUCUUUAUGAACCAGCUCAUAUGUCAACGCUGUUUAAUCAGAACAACAUAAUCAUUAUAUUUUUUCAUGGAUAUUCCUAUGGCUUUUCUUGUUGGGGUGAACUGUAGAAUUGUAAGAGAACUGUGACUGAGGGCUAGGAUGGAUUAUUAGGUUAUGUAGCUAUUAUAUUUACUUUAAAUAAGAAUAAUCAUGAAUGAAUGUGAAUUUCUUUGGUAGAUUUUUCUGGCACAAGUCUGGGACUUUUCAGAACAAGUAUGUAUGUGCAGUGGCACAACAAGUAGGUACGCACUAUAUGCAGCAUCUAGGGGUGCCCAGUAGAGGGGUGCCAAAGCGGGGAACUUUAUUCUGAGUCAGCAUUUUGGGAGAAAGACUUCAUAGGUUGAAAGACAGAUAAGUCAGUGGAACAAGAGGAGGCAUGUAAUUAUUUAGGUUAGCCACGCAUGGGCAUCGUAGAGCUCUCAUUGUUGUUCCAUUCUCCUAUCUGGAGUUAUUUUUUCUGUAAUCACAUUAUCCCGCUUAACACGGCCUACAACUAAAUUAUUCAAUAAUGUGACACAAAAUAAUAAUUGAAAGAGAUUUUAUUUGUGUAAAAUUAGCCUGUUGUUUAUGAGGUGUAUUCUGUGUAUGCUGGGUGCGCUGGUCAGAUGGAGUUGUUAUGUCCUUAAAAUGUAAAGUGCAUUAUGAAUAAAAUACAUUAUUAUUUUUAUGACAUCCCUCAGUGAACAAGGAAACACCAUGCGGUGACACGAUCAAUGCUAAUCUUAUUUUGUUUGAAUUUUCUUGUGUUUUGUUUAAGAGUGUUACGGCUGCGGUGACAAAGUAAUUUCCCUAGUGGAUCAUUAAAGCCUGUCCAAGUCUAAGUGUUAUUUAACACUUACUCUUCCUGUAACUAUAUCUUGUUUUAUUUUGAUCACUGUAUGAUAAACUCUAUUGUGUUAUUAUUAUUAUUAUUGAUAAAAACAUUAUCGAUGUUUUUAUUGUUAAUAUAAAUCCGUUUUGACAAAUUCCUACAAGCCUUUCAAUGGCGCUGCACAUUAUCUACAGUACAUUUGUAAUUUAACCAAUCAAUGUUGUAUCAUAAAUAUACGUCUGACAUUUAUAAUAAACUAAACGGAUUGAAAAUCG